UUUAAUAACCUUUAUAAUACAGUGUUUUGGAUGCUUGUGCAACGAAGUGGUUUGACACCAGUUCAAGCACAGGAUAGACUUCAGGGAACUUUGGCAGGAGAUAAGAAUGAAAUUUUAUUUUCUGAAUUCAACAUCAACUACAACAAUGAGCCUUUGAUGUACAGAAAAGGAACUGUCCUAAUAUGGCAGAAGGUUAAUGAAGUCAUAACAAAGAAAAUAAAACUGCCAAAGGAAACAGAAGAAAAGGAAGUUGAAGUGACCCGAACUAGGACUAAAGUUGUUCCUCUGCACUGUGACAUUAUAGGGGACCAGUUCUGGGAGGAAUAUCCUGAGAUUCUGGCUGAGGAUAGUUGAUUUUUCCAGCAAGUGUAACUGGCAGUUUACAUUUUGCUCUGCUAGGGUUGUUGCAAAGUGAGGACUAAGGAUUGUGGCUGGCAGAGUGUAACUUGUAACCCUCUUCAACAACUAUGUUGUUUUAGCACUGUUGUUGCUGGAGAAAUAGAGACUGGUCUGUU